CGCAUCCUUACAACUCAUGUCUGCUUUCUCUUCAAUCCAUACCUCCUCUUUGAUCAACAUCAGUCCCCAGUGACCCCACGAACAAUCAUGCCCAUCCCCACCGAACUGGUCGGCAGUCUCCCUCGACCGACGUACCUGCAAAAGGCCUUUGCAGACUACGACGCCGGCAAGAUCUCGCGCGACGAGCUCGUCCAGGCCCAGGACCGCGCCGUCGAGGACUCGUUGAAAAACCUCGCGGGCACGGGCGAGCCGUUGAUCACGGACGGCGAACAACGCGCGAGUUCGUUCGCCACGUAUCCCAUCACCGACACGCUGGGAGGCACGGGUCUGUCGGAGAAUCUCGCCGCGGACGGCCAGUACUUUGCCAUCUUCGACGAUGGGCACCACAGGCAACUGCCCCGCCUCGUGAAGGGUCCGUUCAAGUACAAGACCUACGCCUACGACAACCUAAAGAGGUCGAUGCCGCUGGCGGGCGGGCACCCGAUGAAACAGGCCGUCAUCGCCCCGUCCAUGAUGUACCUGCUGUACCCGCUCAACGGCUCCGUCGAGGGAUACUCGAAGGAGGAAUUUGAAAGGGACGUCGUGGACGAGUGCGAGAAGGACAUCCGCGGCUGUUUCGCCGCCGGGGCCAAGCGCGUGUCCAUUGACUUCACCGAGGGGCGGCUUGCCGCGAAGAACGACAAGCGGAAUCCAUGGACUGGGGCGCACUUGUUGCAGAAGUUCAUUGACCUGAACAACCAGGUCCUCGACCGAUUCACACCGGAAGAACGCAAGGACAUCGGCAUCCACACCUGCCCCGGCGGGGACUGCGACUCGGUGCACUCGGCCGACGUCGACUACCACGAGCUGCUGCCGUCGCUGUUCCAGAUGAACGCGGGCUACUUCCUGAUCCAGCUGGCGUCGGAGAAGAACCGCACCCGCGUGUACGAGGAGAUCGGGCGCACGAUCCGCAGGGACGCCAAGGGCGUCAAGCAGGUCGCGUUCGUCGGCGUCGUCAACCCGCUCAACCCGGCGGUCGAGACGGCCGAGCAGGUCCGCGACGCCCUCGUCGAGGCCGCCCGCUACAUCCCCGCGGACCAGCUGGGCGCCACGGACGACUGCGGCUUCAGCCCCUUCAGCAUCGACGUCAAGCCCAAGCACAAGAACAACCCGGACUUUGCGCGCGAGGUCGCCUUCCAGAAGAUCGCCAACCGCGUCAAGGGGGCGCAGAUGGCGAGCGAGCGGCUGGGGUUGUGAGGGCGUGGGUAGAAAGACGAGGGCGGUGUUGGGUUGGGAGCUGCAGACCAACACCUUACUCACUCGCUUGAUUGCUUGCUUGCUCGCUCUUUUUUGACAACGAGUCUUGAUGCGGCGGUAUGGGCUCAUUCCAGUAAUAAUAACAAGGACGGAAGUGUAUAUAGGUAGCCACGGGCAGCCAAAAGUUCAUUGCACCUUUCAACAAGGUGUUCUCUUGUCAACCCUGUACAUUGCUCAGGGUGGCUCAGUCAAUUUUUUC